CUAAUGAUGUAAGUUUUGUCUGUAUUCGUGCUUGACGACGGGACCACUCCGCGUCUGGGUGAAGAAUGAGAAGGACCACCAUUUCCAUCAGAGGAAUUAUCAUUAGGACAAUCGUUGAGUUUUUACAUUUUUUUGUGUGUUUUAAAAAAAACAUUUCUAGGUGUUGGAAACUUUUACAUGAGAUGAAAGGCGCAGAGAGACUCAUCUUUCUGGGCUGGCUGCUGACAGGUACCCUGUGUCAUGGUGGGGUGGAAGGAACGGUCUGCACCAAUCCUCCCAGGAACACGUCAGUAUCUGUGAUUCCCUCUGGCGAAGUGUUAGAGGGCAGCUCAGUGACUCUGACCUGCAGCAGCGAUGCCAACCCGCCAGGGAUCAGCUACCGCUGGUACUCAGUGAGAGCGGGUGACACCAGAUCUACAGGCUAUGGGCCGGUCCUGAGGACCAAAAUCUGGGCGGACAAUACCCACUUCUACUGUGAAGCCCAGAAUACGUGUGGAGCACAUAAUUCAACGAUCACUAAAGUAACUGUGUGGUAUGGUCCUAAAACCAUGUCUGUGUCAGUCACCCCAUCUGGACCCGUGUUUGAUGGUGCGAUGGUGAUUCUGACCUGCAGCAGCAAUGGCAACCCACCAGUAAGCAGCUUCACCUGGUACAGUGUGAAGGGAGACCAGGCGACACGGCUUGGGGUUGGGACGAGGCUUGAGACCAGUGUGUCUGCAGAAGUCCACCAGUUUUACUGUGAGGGCAGAAACGACCACGGAGGACAGAACUCAACGCUGAUAGAAGUGGUUGUACAGUAUCCUCCCAGAAACACGUCAGUAUCAGUGAAUUCCUCUGGUCCCGUGUUGAAGGGCAGUUCAGUGACUCUGACCUGCAUCAGUGAUGCCAACCCACCAGUGUCCAGCUAUAACUGGUACUCAGUCGACGAGAGCGAAACACGCUGUGUGAUAGGAGUUGAACAGACGUACACAGUAGCUAAUGUCCAUGGUAAUACACAGUACUUCUGCGUAGCUAAAAAUCAACACGGAUCGGACACCUCAACAACGAUCCAGCUCGACAUUCAGUAUCCUCCCAGGAACACGUCAGUAUCUGUGAGUCCCUCUGAUUCUGUGUUAGAGGACAGUUCAGUGACUCUGACCUGCAGCAGCGAUGCCAACCCACCAGUGACCAGUUACCGCUGGUACUCAGUGAGAGAGGGGAAGGAGGACUUUGUGGCCUCUGGACAAAAACUAAUCCAGGCCACAAUGAAUGUUAUUGACGGAAGAGAAUACUACUGUAAAGCCCAGAAUCAUCAUGGAGAGGAUCAGUCAGCUACUACAAACGCAUCUAUGGAGUUUGCUCCUCAGAUCUCAUCCUCCUCUCGCUGCCUCCACUCCGGAUCUCAGGUCAGCUGUACCUGUGACAGCCACGCUAACCCCGCCCCCUUGGUGCAGUGGCGUCUGUCUGGCCGACAUGUCAAUCAUUCCACAGCCACGGCCAUCAGGGAGGAGCCUCUGGGCAGAAUUGGCCUCAGGAGUACUCUCACCAUCCGUCAAUCACAAGAAGACACGCCCACUGCACUUUGCCUCAGCUCCAACUCUCAGGGCUCUGCCAGUCUGCAGCUUUGUGUCACCUCCACAGGUAAGACACACCUCCACAGGUAAGAAACACCUCCACAGGUAAGACAUACCUCCACAGGUAAGACACACCUCCAUAGGUAAGACACACCUCCAUAGGUAAGACACACCUCCACAAGUAAGACACACCUCCACAGGUAAGACACACCUCCACAGGUAAGACACACCUCCACAGGUAAGACACACCACAGGUAAGACCCACCUCCACAGGUAAGACACACCUCCAUAGGUAAGACACACUUCCAUAGGUAAGACACACCUCCACAAGUAAGAGACACCUCCACAGGUAAGACACACCUCCACAGGUAAGACACACCACCACAAGUAAGACACCUCCACAGGUAAGACACCUGGGUAGGUAAAGGGUCAGGUGAGAGAUAAAUAGGGACAGCUCCAACUGUCAGGACUCUGCCAGGCUGCAACUCUGUGCCACCUCCACAGGUAAGACACACCUGGCUAGGUAAAGGGUCAGGUGAGAGAUAAAUAGGGACAGCUCCAACUGUCAGGACUCUGCCAGGCUGCAACUCUGUGCCACCUCCACAGGUA